AUGGCCAAUUCAUACAUGUGGGCAUUUGCUUUUGCAAGUGAUAUAUCUACACACUACGAGCGUUCGUUCAUGGACCAACGUCUCAGGCUUGCUGUUGACGGUGUUCUAGUUAACAUCCACUUACUUGCUAUUCCUGUCUUUGAGCGCCACACUGCAAUCGUGCAAUUCAAUCUGAUUUCAACAACUCUUGAUGUUCUAUAUGGCCAAUGGAGAGACAAGAUGAUUGGAGUUGCCUCCGACGGCAAGUUUGCGGUUUACGUUAUUGAAGGAAUGGAACUUGUACAAGCAGAGAGAGAUAGUAACAACAAACCGGCGCAAAAAGUUGCACCGCCAGUAAUGCCAUCAGAACUGGUUUUGGUGAACCCACGGGAUUUUGGUGAGAACAUUUUGGAGCCCCGCCGUGCUCAGCUGAUGAAGUUUUGGUCGCUUACCCAAAUCGAAGCAGCAGAACGCGAGCAUCGAGAAUUAUUCCUUGCAAAUAAGAUUGAUGAUUCAGUAAGAUCAGCGUUGGACAAAGAGGAUUACAACACGAGCUUCAAUGAUGGCUGGGAUAUACUUGAGGAGGCAGUGAAGCCUAAAACAUAUUCGCACCUUCGUCAAUUCUGCUGUGGUUUGGCAACUGUAUUUGCUAACACGGCGUCAGUCGAAUCCGACUUUUCGGUACUGAAGUGGGAGCUGAACGACCGUCGCACUGCAUUGACGUCAUUGGCAUUGGAGGGUAUAUUCCAGGCUAAACAGUUCGACCAACUCAGCAAACUAAGCGAGCGAAAGUAG